AUGGUUGGACUAGUAUAUAUCGCUCUUUGUGAUGUAUUGUCAAUUACAGAAAACGAUUUUAAUGCUGGAAUAAUUAUAGAUUUAGUUGUUAGUGUUUUAUUCCUUCCUGUAACUAUCUUUGGGCUUUUCGCUUGCUGUUGCGAGAUUUAUUUUGCUUUAGUUAUUUCUGCUUAUGCUACAAACCAUAAGGUUAAAGAAGAAAUUGCUCAUUCAACUAAUAAUGCUUCGGGAAGCAAUGGUCCUUCAGCGCACAAAGUUUCCGAAGGAAAUGUCACUCCAGCGCAUGAAACACCAUUACGUACUGUCAGUGUUGCUGAGAAAUGCUGA